AUGUCUCCUUCAGCCAUCGGCAACUCUCACCACCACAACGGGAACGGCGCGAGCCAUGCCUCACGACCGGCUCUGGCCCCGGGCCUCUACGUCCCGACGGUGGCCUUCUUCCGCGACGACGACUCAGUAGACGUCGAGACGACCACCUCCCACGCGGUCCGUCUCGCCGCAGCCGGCGUCGCCGGCCUCGUCACCCACGGCUCCAACGGCGAAGCCGUCCACCUCGACCACGCUGAACGACAACUCAUCAACCGGACCACGCGAGCGGCCCUCGACGCGGCCGGGAAGGCCGACCUCCCCCUGAUCGUCGGCUGCGGCGCCCAGUCGACGAGAGAGACCGUCCAGCUCUGCCGCGAAGCCGCCUCGUCGGGCGGCGACUACGCCCUCGUCCUGCCGCCGGCCUACUACGGCGGCCUCCUCACCACCGACCACAUCCUGCAGCACUUCCGCGAGGUCGCCGACGCAAGCCCCGUCCCCGUCCUCAUCUACAACUACCCGGGCGCCUGCAGCGGCCUGGACCUCAACUCGGACACCAUCGUCGCCCUGUCGAGGCACCCUAACAUCGUCGGCGUGAAGCUGACGUGUGGGAACACGGGCAAGCUGGCCCGGAUAGCCGCCGCCACGACUGCCCCGAAGAAGAGUAGCGGCGACGCCGAAGCCGGCACAACCGCCGCCGCCCCGUUCCGGACGUUCGGUGGCAGCGUCGACUUCACGCUGCAGACGCUGGUCGUCGGCGGCCAUGGCAUCAUCGGCGGGACGGGCAACAUCGCGCCCCGGGCGUGCGUGCGGCUCAUGACCCUCUGGGACGAGGGGAAGCUGGCGGAGGCGAGGGAGCUGCAGGCCGUCGUGGCACGGGGUGACUGGACGGCCAUCCAGGGCGGCUUUGUCUCGGUCAAGGCGGCGCUGCAGGAGUACUACUCGUACGGGGGGCUCCCCCGGAGACCAUGCGCGCUGCUGGAGGGGGAGCGGCUCACGAAGCAGCUUGACGGCUUCGCCGAGCUGGUUGCGGUGGAGAGAGCGUUGGAGAAGUAG